CUCCGCUGCCUUCGCUUCGGUUUGCUCUCCCUCCCAACCUUGAACCCCCACUUCUCCCCUCUCUCUUCUCUAGGGUUUAGCGGCCGAGCUCGCUUACUUGCUACUCCGGCAGCGGCUUCGGGCGGGCUAUGGCCGCGCGGCCGGCCGUCGCGGCGGCGGCGGCGGUGGCGCUGGUGGUGGCCGCCUCCGCGCUGCUGUGCGCCUCGGCGGCGGCGGCAGCGGCGGGCGGGCCCCACUUGGCGGACCUCAGCGUGCUCCUGCCCCCGCGCAUGACCAGGCCCGUCGAGUACCGACUCGUCGGCGGGGGCGGCUGCUUCACCUGGUCACUGGAUCAUCAUGAUAUUAUAUCAGUUAAGCCAGAGUACAACGACAGCAGCAGAUGCUCAACGAGCGCUCGUUUGGCAUCAAUCGCCCCUUACAGCGGCCGCAAGGAGACCUCUGUCUAUGCCACUGAUAUUAUUAGUGGAAUCACAAUACACUGCAAAGUUUUCGUCGACAAAAUCUCUCGGAUCAGGAUUUUCCAUCAUUCUGUUAAAAUCGACCUGGAUGAAAUCGCCACAUUGCGUGUUCAUGCCUUUGAUGAUGAAGAAAACGUGUUCUCGACAUUGGUGGGAUUGCAGUUUAUGUGGCAGCUUACCCCGACGACGCUUGAUAACAGUAACCAUCAUCUUGCUCAUAUUCCACUGAAAGAAACACAUUUAAGUGACUGCAGUGGUUUUUGUGUUGAGAUGAAUGCGCGGUUUGAGCUUGAAGAUAGGGAUCUUGGUUCUGAUUUCUUUGUCGUGAAGGGUGUUGGGAUUGGCCAAGAGGUCGUUAGUGCUCAGUUAUUUGAACCACAGUUUGAGCAUGUGAGUGACACGAUCACUUUAACUGUCGCUGAAGCUAUGUCGCUAGAGCCCCCAUCACCCGUCCUUGUAACUCUUGGUGUCUCGGUGAAUUUCAAACUCAAGAUUUUUCGACAAAAGAUUGCCCAAGUGGUUAAUCUACCAUCACAAUACCAUCUUUGGCAUGUGAAGAACUCUUCGGUGGCCCAAGUGGAUAGUUCCUUGGGUGUUGUACAUACUUUGAGUCUGGGAUUUACUGAUGUCGUUGUUGAAGACACUAGAGUUUCUGGCCACCAACAAGUAUCAUCUCUACGUGUUGUUAUUCCACGGACACUCUUCCUCUAUCUAGUUCCUGUCAUGGAUGAUUCUGGUCAUUUUCAUGGGAUAACAAGUAUUCCAUCCUCAGAAGUGUGGUACGUUUUUCCUGGUCAAAAGUACAUGGUUCUUGCGAAAGCUUUCGCAGAGGGAUUUGAUGCUAGAGAGAUAUUUAUUACAGAGGAAAACAAUCUUAGAUUGGAGAGCAGCACAGUGGAACUUUGGAACUUAUCGCAGGUUCCAGAUAACUCUUUAGGUUCCUAUGAAGUGCAAACUUCUAGAUUGCUAUUCCCCAUUUCUCAGGGAGAAGGAUAUUUAGUUGCUGCCUUAACCUACCAAGCAGAGGCAUCUGGAUCAGCAAAGGUUCUCAAGCUGCUGCAAAAAGUUAAUGUAUGCAGUAAAGUGAAGGCAACCUGGGAUGAGGGAACGGAUAACUCCAAUAUUAUUUAUCUACCCUGGGUUCCUGGAGUUUAUCAGGAAGUCGAACUGAUGGCAGUUGGAGGUUGUGGUAAGACGCCGGAGGACUACAAGUUAUUUUCGUCUGAUGAAAGUGUUGUUUCUGUGUCUGAUUCCCGUACUGUGCGUGCUAAAAAGCCUGGUCAAGCUGUCAUCAAAGUAGUUUCUACCUUUGAUUUCCUGAAUUUUGAUGAGAUCAUUAUUGAAGUAUCCUCUCCUUCAGCACUGGCUAUAUUGCCAAUCUUUCCUGUGGAGGUGGCUGUUGGAACACAACUUCAUGCUGCUGUGGCAUUUAAAACAUCUAAUGGACACCCAUACUCGAGAUGUGAUUAUUUUAGUGCUUUUAUAAGGUGGAGUCUACUAUCUGAGAAUCAAACUUUUGAAGUUGUUGAUGCAUCCGAGGCUUUGACUGUUGAGGCCUUAAAGCAUCAUAGUGGUUCUUCGGCACAAUAUGGCAAUCCUUGUGCCUGGAUAUCUCUAAAUGCAUCUGCUGCUGGUCGAGCCACAAUAGUUGCGACGUUUUCCUCCGAGUCUGAUUCCUAUUUUGAGACUUUUAAUGAGCCUAUUUUUCUGAAGGCCACAUCAAAAGUAUCUGCAUAUUAUCCUCUUCUGGUACUCCAAGCAGGAAAUGGAAACCAGUUUGGUGGUUACUGGGUUGACUUAUCUAGAUUACAGAGUGGAAUUCAGAAUAUGGGUAACAACUCUCCCAUGGAGCUGUACUUGGUUCCUGGAUCAACCAUGGAUGUGUUUCUCUUUGGAGGGCCUGAACAGUGGGACAAAGUGGUUGAUUUUGUCGAAACUGUUGAUGUUGUUGGCGCACUAGAAAAUUAUAUCAUUGGCUCUACUGCUGUGCAAAAAAUAUCUAGUGGACUAUACCGAGUUUCUUGCCAAAGCAAAGGGAUCUUUAAACUGUUGUUUUCGCGCGGAAACAUGAUUGGGAAGGAUCAUCCUGUGCCUGCUGUUGCCAAAUCAGAGCUAUCGAUUGUUUGUGACUUGCCAUCAGCAGUAACAUUGAUUGCAAAUGAAAAUGAAAACCGGCUUGAUAUUUUGGAAGCGGCAAGUAAAGCUGACCGUAGCCCCAAUAGGCUGCAAGUAUCUCCUGUUGUAAUCUCAAAUGGAAGAAGCAUCCGUCUAGCUGCUGCUGGUGUACAUCAAAAUGGAAGAUUUUUUGCCAACUCGUCCUCUCUUUGCUUGAGAUGGGAAGUCACUGAAUGUGAGGGACUUGCUUACUUGGAUCAAGAUGAAGAUGCUGAAAUGUUAGAACAGUCAUCUUGGGAGAGGUUUCUUGUCCUACAGAAUUCGACGGGAAUGUGCACUGCCCGUGCUACAGUCAUUGGCUUUUCUUCUAGAAUUGCUAGCAAAACCCGUGAAGAACACAUGUUUCUUCCAAGCGAACAUGACAAUCUCACAGAUGCUAUUCAGUUGCAGAUUGUUUCUUCGUUAAGAGUCACUCCAGCGUAUGUCUUGUUAGUUUCCCAUCGUGAAGCACAGGAAACCUUAGCUGUCAGUGGUGGCACAUGCUUUCUAGAUGCCUCUACCAAUGACACACAUGUGGUCCAAAUAGUUCAACAUCCAGGGAAGGCCCUAUGUUCCCAGUUGAUUCUUGGUGCUAGAGGCUUAGGCAGUGCUGUCGUGACAAUUCAGGACAUUGGCCUUUCUCCUAGAGUAUCGACUAGUUCUCUGGUUAGAGUUGCAAAUGUUGACUGGAUUCAGAUAUUGUCAGAAGAGCACAUCAGCAUUAUGGAAGGAACCACAAAAGAUUUUCAAAUUUCAGCUGGGACCCAAGAUGGACAAGUCUUCAGAGGUUCUCAGUACAAGUACAUGGGAAUUGAGGUACAUCUUGGUGAUGAAAUUCUGGAUCAUGUUAAUCCAAGCGAGUCGCUGGAUGGACCAAAAUUUUCAGUUAAAGCUGCAAAAACUGGGACAACAUCUCUUUAUGUUAGUACUAAGCAACGCUCUGGGCAAAGAGUUUUGAGUCAGGUUAUAAAUGUGGAAGUGUACAAACCACUGCGUAUACAUCCUGAGUACAUCUACCUCACACCGGGUGCCUCUUUUGUGCUCUCUGUUAAAGGUGGUCCGAAGAUUGGAGUUUCCAUUGAGUACACAAGUCUGAACGUGGGAACGUUGGAAGUUCAAAGUGCUACUGGAAAGCUGUCUGCAAAGACUGUAGGAAACUCUACUGUACGUGCAGCUGUUUUGGCAAAUGGUGGCACCGUCAUUUGUGAAGCUUUUGGAAGAGUUGAAGUGGGUAUCCCAGUGGCUAUGGCAUUGAGUACUCAAAGUGACCGUCUUUGUAUUGGCUGUAGCAUGCCAAUCUACCCUUCCGUGCCUAAGGGGGAUCCAUUUUCCUUCUAUGAAACUUGUCAAAGUUACACUUGGAUGAUAGCAGAUCAGAAGGUUGUGACAUUCCAAUCGGCUAGAUCUUGGCAAAACGGACUUGAUCAAGGUCUUUAUUCAGAAGGAAAAACCUAUCCAUGGUUAUCCAAUGGAAGUAGCAAUGCUUUUAUCAAUCAUGUGAUUGGAAGAUCUGCAGGGAAAACCAAGAUAUCCAUUUCAGUUACUUGUGAUUUCUCGCUACAUGGCAGUUCUGGAUCUGUAUCUUAUGAUGCCUCCAAGACAAUCCUGGUCGUACCAGAUCCUCCCCUUGCACGUGGACUUCCUAUAACAUGGCUAUUACCACCCUUUUAUACCACCAGAGACCUUUUACCUAGAUCCGUUAAUUCAUUUGGAGAACAAGACUCAAAUGGCCUGGAUACUACUAUUGGAUAUUCUCUGUUAAGGAGCAGUGGUAGAAGUGAUCCUGCUAUGCAGAAUGCUAACGCUAUUGAUGGAAGUAAAAUUAGGACUGGAGAAAGCAAUGCAAUUGAUUGUAUUCAGGCAAAAGAUCACUCAACUGGCAGAACAGAAAUAGCAUCAUGCCUACGAGUUGCUGAGGUUGCACAAGUACGGGUAGCUGCUGCAGAAUCAUCAAUCCAGACAGCCUAUCUUUCUGUAAAUGAUAAAGUUGAACUGGAUGUAAAAUAUGCUGAUGAAUUAGGUUAUACCUUUAGUGAAGCACUUGGAGUAGCACCUGUGAAGAUUGAGACAAACUAUCCUGAUGUUUUGUCAAUUGUCAUGCCCAGAGAUGUCAAUGGUACAUAUGGCGCACAUCAACGUUUUGUGCUACAGGCGAGAAGCCAUGGGACAGCUCUUGUAAGGUUGCACAUAAACCAUCCUUCCAGAAAAUCAGAUUUCAUAAUGGUAUCUGUUGGUGCGCGAAUGUAUCCUAGAGAUGUGGUGAUUCAUUCUGGUCAACACCUGAACUUUACUAUUAUCGGGGACCGCAUGGAUGCGCAUGGACCUGGCCAGUGGUUAAGUACCAAUGAAAAAGUUAUGCAUGUUAAUCAAAUAACUGGUGAAGCACAUGCACGUGGUGAAGGUAUAGCAGAAGUGAUUUUUAAAGGCCCAAAUCUGAAGUUGCGAACAACUGUCAAUGUGCUCAAGGUGAACCAGAUAGUUGUUGAUGCUCCUGCGGAGAUUCUGACGAAUGUUGCUGCCCCACCUGAUGGGUACAAGUUCUCUGUGAAAUUAAGUGAUUCAGCCGGGCAUAGCACAGAGUCCUCUGUGAAUCAGAUAAAUGCCCCAUUUGACUGCAAGGUCGAACCUUCUUUUGUUGGGUUUGUUGAGCCAUGGAGUGACCGUGCUGUGAAGAAAUCAUACUGUGUAUUUCAUCCGUACUCGCCUGCACAGCUGUUGCCUGUUAAGUCGAACCCAAAAGACGGCAUUUUACACAUUUCAGUUCGUGCAAAUCUAAAAGAAGAUUCAAUGGUGACCGGAUCUGCACAUGCACUGUUUGUCAAAGGGUUUUACAUUAAAGAACCUGGAAUGUUAAACUUGACUCCAAGCUGCAACCAUAGCGUCAUCAUUAUUGGCGGGAACACUGAUGUUGAGUUAUUUUGGAGUGCUAAAGAUUUAAUGUCGGUCAGUCUUGUUGACACAAAUGAGAACAUUGGUGGUCCUAGUCAAAUUGUUUACCGGGUUGAAGCACUCAAAAGGCAACCUUUUGCUGACAAGGUCACUAUAAUUCUUCCAGCCACUGGCCAGACUGAAGAAUUAGAAGUUAAUUAUGUUACAGGAGACAGAACAGAGUCAUCGUCGUCGUCAGGCUUAACCACAUUUGGUCUUAUCCUCACAUGCAUCAUCGUGCCAGCAGGUACACUCUGGGUCAUCAUGAAGCUGCUGGAGAAACCGGCCCGACAGGCACCACCACGGCACGCGCCGGCACCAGCAGCGGGGCCUGCCACUGCGCCUGACCCUGCCUCCCCGGCUAUCGGCGAGUUCUCUCCUCGCACGCCCCAGCCUUUCAUGGAGUACGUGAGGAAGACUGUCGACGACACGCCUUACUACAAGCGUGACGCGAGGAGGCGAUUCAACCCUCAAAAUACGUACUGAGCGCAUGUAAACUGGGCAGUAGAGUCGCUUCUGCUGUGUUUCCCCCCUAGUGUAUGAUUUAGACGGGUAGCCCUGUAAUCCCUGUACUGUAAAAUCCGUGUAUUGUCGAUACUACGCUGUCAAUUUUCAAGUCGUGGCGGCAUCUGUACGAGCAAUGGUUGGUUCUGUUUUUGCUGAGAGCUAUAGAGCUAGAGAGAUCAUUCAGCCGAUGGCAGUUCCUCUUUGUAAUAGUUUUGUAAUUGUAAGAGCCUGGGAGCUCUGUAUGUAAAUGGAGUGUCUCUUCCACCUCUCCUAA